AUGCCACGUGGAAGUAGAAAAGAGGGGGCCUUUGAUGUCCUUCCUCAGAAAGAACUUCAAUUUGGUUGCGAACUCGGAAAAUUUCCACUCGAUAUCAUGUUUCACAUCAUGGGACAUCUUGGUUGGGCAGGUUCAGUUUGCCUAGGCUUGACCUGUUCGCAAAUGUACGAAAUCUACAAACGUUUAUACCCAUUAAAGAUACCAUUGCGAGAAUGGGUUGAAACAAGUUCUCCCCCCCUUUGUCGUGAGCCUUCAGAACCGGCUCGAGUCCAGCUAUUUCAGUUACUAGAAGCCUGGCAUGGGCAUCAAUAUACAUGUUGGAAUCCGAACUCCCCAUGGGGGCGCGACAAAGGUUCCAAUGUCAAUACCCAGGUAAUACCAGCUCGAUUCCUCCGUAAGUCUGUGUACGACAUCACUCCGCUUAAUAAUACCCCAGAAGUUAUUGCGAAGAAUAAUAUGCUGAGAUAUAGCCUCUGGAGAAGUUACCAGGAUUAUUUCUGGUUUAGAAAUUCAAGAAUCAAUCAGAAAAAUAUCGAUGACUCCUUGAUAGCUUGGCCUCCUGGUAGGCUCUCACGAGAGAACCAUCCGAAAUUUGCUUUCAGGAUACAUCCUCUACCUAACCCUUACAACGUGGGAGUCGAGAGGUGGGAGAAGGAGGCUACAAAGGUGAUUCUGAGCACUAUAGAUGUGGCUCGUGAUAGAAGACACUGGCGAUGGUACUGGAAGAAUUGUCUUCUAUUCCGUCGAAACUAUGCAAGGUUUCAAGAAGCUUGGGCUGAACGCCAGGCUGAGAUAGGCUCGAGUGCAUUUUCUGAAUGGCUAUUCAUGAUCGAAUCCUAA